AUGGGCGACUCACCAGCCUCGACAUCCACAGCCAAGCCGGCGUCAGAGACAAGAAGUAGCAGACAGCCUCCAGUCCAAAGCAGGGCGUCAUCUGGCUCAGCUAUCAGCGCAGCUACACCCAGACGCUCUGCAUUGCGCAGCGACGCGAACAAUGGUACGCCAUCAUCGACGUCCCGAGGUGCGCAUAGCAGCGCCCCAUCCGUUGCCUCACGACUGAGCGGUAGCAACAAAUCAUCGCCGGCACAGCCGAGUGGCAGGACGAGCGUGGGACCGAGGCAACGCGCGACCAGCAUACGCACGAAAGCAGCGAAGGAGGACGCUGGUGCAGCGACGAGCAGCGACGGCCAAGCCUCUUCAGAUGCGGCUGUGUCCCUGCAACACGGUGGCUCGAGCAUCACCAAUGAUGGAUCCACCUUGGCCAACAUCGGCCACGUGGACCAAGAGGCACUCGGAAGAGUCGGUGUGCUGCCGCUGUGGGACAGUGCAUUGAAGCUGUCGGAGGAGGACAAGGCGAAAAACGUCAUUUGGCUUGACAUCGACAACACCCUCUACCGCAAGUCAUCGCGCAUAGCAGAGCUAAUGGCUCAGCGCAUCAGAGCCUACUUUCUGACGCUAGGACUGGAUGAGUCGGAGGCAGAGCGUCUGCACAAACAUUAUUACAGCUCUUACGGCCUGGCUAUCAAAGGGCUCGUCAGGCAUCACAAGAUAGACCCGUUGGAUUAUGACGCCAAGUGCGAUGCCAGCUUGCCGCUCGACGACAUCUUGAAACCGGACGCGGAAAUACAGCAACUAUUGGCCGAUGUGGAUCGUACCAAGACGCGGAUAUGGGCGCUUACGAACGCGUACAAGACCCAUGCUGUGCGGGUGCUUAAGCUGCUGGGUCUGCACGAAUAUAUUGAGGGCGUCAUCUAUUGUGACUAUGCGGUAGACUCAUUUGUCUCAAAGCCGGACAGGGAGUACUACGAUGCCGCCUUGGCCCACGUCGGCACCACCGCAGAGCAGUCCUUUUUCGUGGAUGAUAGUGCGCUCAAUAUACGUGCAGCGCACGACCUAGGGUGGAGGUCAUGCGUGCUGUUCAGCGAAGUUGACGAAGAACCCAUAGAACCAGAGUCUGAUCAAUCCUCAAGCACCCUCACCACAUUCGACACCGGCAUGCUCUUGCCGAAAGCUGCACCAAAUGGCAAUGUGGCGCAGGACAAGACGACUCGCGGAGGUCACUUUGACGAAGAGCUUCUCAAAUCUCAGUUUCGCUCAUUGCCUCAUCAACACCGCGUCAGACUAGUCAGCAUCUUGGUUUCGGCUGCAGAACCUGCAGACUUGGUCGUCCUCAGUCGGCUGAUUGACAGACAUCUCAGGCUCAGCAGAGACAUGAUCUCCUCCCUGCCUGAUCGAAUAAUCACCUCGAUCUUCGAGAAGCUUGAAGUGCGAGAGCUACUGCGAUGCCGACAAGUGUCUAAAAGAUGGCUAGAAAUCGCGGCGAUGCCAGAGCUCUGGCGCUCCCAUGCUAUCGCGCUUACUGAAGCGGAUCCGACGCCAGUGAUUCCUCCUGACCAGCCUGCAGGCUGGGAGCCGCUUGUGCGAGCUUUGUACUGGCGUGAGCGAAAUUGGGCUAGAGGCAUUGCACAAAGAGUGGAUUUAUUCGAGGGCCAUACUGGCUUUGUCACGGCGGUCAAGCGAAAGGGACAAACCUUGGUCACCGGUUCCUAUGACCAGACUGUUCGGAUCUGGGAUCUCACGACAGGCAAAUGCACUAGGAUUUUGCAAGCGAAAGCCAUUGCCUGUCUAGAUUUUCUUCCCGGUGCAAUUCUCUGUGCAGGUUUGUACGACACUGGCAGAAUCAUGGUGUGGGAUAUGCGCACCUGGGAGCUCUUGCACACGCUCACAGGUCACAAUAGAGGCAUCAGAAAUCUUGCGCUUAAUGCGCGCCACCUCGUAACAGUAGGCCAAGACAAGGCGGUGAUUUGUUGGGACUGGCGUACUGGGGAGAAGGUGAUCAGAUGGGGCCAACAGUCAAACGUCUCGCUAGGCGUGUCAAUCGUAGACGACGACAAGAUCGUCGCAUGCACGGUCGACGCAAUCGUCCGCACCUUUUCCAUCAAGAGGCAGCAGAUGAUCGGACAGUUCCAUAUAAGCAAGUUGGGCGGAGACGAUAAGGCGCUCUCCGCCGAGCUGGCUGGGCUAGGCGGAGAUGCGAACAUGCUACAAUGGUUCGCCGCACACCGACGUACGAUCACAGUGGCCAGUCGAGACUCCGUGGUGCACCUCGAAUGGUCCGAGCACAUCGAGCCCCUGGCGGAGGAGGAGUCGCCAAGAAGCACUCCAAUUCGAAGUCGAAAAGAUUCGACACAGAGCACUGCAGGUGGUCGGCCUUCCACGAGUCUGUCCAACUUAAGUCGCUCUCGACGAGAUUCCACGGCGAGCAACGCAUCAGAUGCUACCACCGCGACUUCGGCUCCGAUCAGGCGUGCGUCCGGAGCGCCGGCGUCUCGCUCGCCUGGCGUAGCACGUAGUCCGAGCGUCCUCCAACCGCUCAGCCGAGCAGGAUCCAUCGGCACCCCUUCGCGGCCUGCGCCUACAUCUUCGUCAGACAAGCGUCGCAGUCUCAACAAGACGGUGUCACCUAUGCCAUGGCCAACCCCGCCUGGGGCAUCCUCAAAAGCUGGAUUUCCUGCUUCGCCGUCAUUACCUGCUUUCCCUUCCUCCACAUCCGCUCUUGAGACGCGCGAUGACAUCGGAGGCGAGGCAAAGCGCACCAGGAUAGCGCCUAACCUGACCGUGGCGCCCCAAGUCAUCGAUAUUGUUCGCAUGCCCGAUGGAGCGACAGGAUGCGUGGACCCAGGCAAGAGACGCGUCGUGAGCGCGUGCCGAUUCAGCAGCAGAGCUGGUAGCGACCGCCGCAUCUUUGCGACGACUCUGAGAUUGGAAGGCCGAAGGGAAGAUGAAGAACAGGGCGGUGGGAGGACUGUGGUGCCGCUCGGUGGAGCAUGGCAAGAGCAGGCAGACCUUCUUGCGCAACCCGCUGCGAAUCCAAUGUCCAUCAUCUUAGAUCACGAAAGCUGCGUCGUUGGCACUUCGUCGGGGCUGAUCUACCGCGUCUCCUUUGUGGGCAAUGCAUAUACUCAAGGAUGGGUUGAAGCAGAGUCUUCAAACGGCAAAGCAGACACAGCAGUUUCCCAGCGGGGCAUCGGCGAUACGACGAUCACUGAUCUCGUACAGCUUCGCGAUAUCUGGUCGACCUUGAUGCUGCCAGAGGACAGUCCGGCUGAUCACCCGGGUCGCUUCAAGCCACGAAGGGAUUUGGUUGCUGCCAUGGGUCUGCGAUGA